ACCUGCCCAGGGAAAAAUCACGAAAAUGAUAAUUGAUUCGCAAGGCGAAUUUCAUUUUUGAUAAGGCAUGUUUUUCUUUUUCUCACACCGAACACCUGCAUCUCUCUAAAUCCCGCUUCGCCUCCUUGCCCAAAUCGUCUGCCUCCCCUCUUGCCUCUCCGCCUCCCCCCCCCUCCCUUCCCCACCCCCCGACUUGCAGGCGCCCCGCGUGCCUUACUUUUCCCUCCCUUCCGCGACCCCUCUCCCGCCCCCGGCCUCGGCGAGAGCCACUCACCAGGAGCCUCUCCCAUGUCCGGUGUUGGUAGCACGCCCCCUCCGGCGGCCGUCAACCCUGAGACCUUGCCGAUCCGAACGCUGACCCCGACGCCCGAUGGCCGGAAGCGGCGAAUCACCUUCUCCGCGCAGAAUGACAUCGUCCUCCUGUCCGAGGUGGUCCGCCAGAACCCCUUCGCUGCCAAGUACGGCAACGUCCAUGAAGCCUGGGCGCGCGUGGCGCAGGGCGUCACCCGGUCGGCCGCCGAGUCCGCCAACCUCCGGGUAUCCCCCGGCCACUCGCCGGGUCCGUACCUGGUGCUGGACUCGCGCGGUGCGCGUGACCGCUUCGACCUGCUGGCGCGGAAGUUCCGCGAGCGUGACCUGCGCGGGCUCCGCAGUGGUGGCACCUACUCGGAGCUGGUGCGCAAGAUCGAGCUCUUCCGCGAGGUGGGCUUCUGCAUCCGGAAUGCCGAGCGCGGCGACACCCACUCCUCCACCGUGGCCAAGAAGCUGGCAGUGGCUUCGCUGGAUGAGAUCGCCGAAGAGCUGCUCACCCGGCUGAAUCAGCCGAAUGACAAUGACUUUGAGUUCAAUGACGAUCCGCCGCGCUUUUCGUCCGCUGGCCAGGCCGCCGGCCAGGUUGGCCAGGCCGCUGGCCAGACUGCUCAGGCCGCUGGCCAGGCCGUCCAGGCCACGCCGGCCACUGGCCAGGCCGCCGCCGAUGCGGCCGGAGCCCAGGCCACCCUGGCCAAUGCCACCAGCGCCUCGAUGGCCGGCAUGCUGGGCACCCCUCAGGGCGCCUUCCCCGGGCUGGCACUUGGCCCGGCGUCCAUGGCGGCGGCGGCUGCCGCGGCCGCGGCAGUCGGGACCCCCCCCAGUGCGGCUGGCGUUUCGCCAUACGGCGCCGGGCAGACGGGCCCUGGCGCCAUGGCGGCGGCGGCGGCGGCGGCAGCGGCGGCAGCCGCCGCCACGUCCGGAACUCCCGGCCGACUGCCGGCACACCUGGCCUCCCUGACGCAGCUGGGUCUGCUCGGAGCCGGGGCCGGCGGCUCGCCGGGCGGGGCCGGCUUCCAUGCAGCCCUGUCGGCCACCGGGUCGCAGCCGGGCGGCGGCGAGGGCUCGGCCGGGGCCACUGGCCUGCCCUCGGGCCUGCCUCUCUUCGAUGCCGGGCACAAGUCCCCGGCCGAUGUGUCUUCGGCUCUGGCCGCGGCGGCCGCCGCUUCUGGCGGUCUUGACCAGUCGCUGGUUGGGCAUGCGGCCCUGGCUGCCAGCCGGACGGCGGGCGCCACCACCGCGCCCCACACCCCGGGGCAGGUUCUGUCCACGAAUGAAUUGCUCGAGCGCGCCACCAAGCGCCAUAAGCUGGAUCAGCUGGCGGCUGGGGGUGUGGUCGAUCCGGCGGCGGCCGCGGCGGCCGCCACGGCGGCUCUCCUCUCCGGCAGCAGCAAUGCCACCGGGGCCGGCAGCACGCCUGCGGCCAGUCGCUAUGCCGCCAUGGCCCUGCCCUUCCAGCACCUGGGCUUGGACUCGUCAGUUCUGUCGUCCCUCGGCGGGGCGGCGACCGCCUCGCUGGGUGGCACGACCCCCGGGGCCAUGUCCACGGCCGGCAGUCUUUCGGCCACCGAGUCGCUGCUGACCGAUCGGGUGAAGCUCUCCAUUCAGGCCGAUCGGCUGGAGAUCGAUCGGGCUCGGCUACAGGCCGAGGCUGCCGCCCGGCAGGCCGACAUGGACCAGCGCCAGAAGGACCGGGAUGCACUUGUGCGCCUUGGGAGUGAGCUUCUGACCGCCAUGCGGCAGCAGCAGCAGCAGCAGGCCCGGUUCCAGGGAUUGGUCCUCGAGCUGUUGGCCGAGAUCGCCGUCGGCGUUGGCCGGCCGACUGCCACGGCCGUUUCGCAGAUCCCCCCGGGCGGCCCCUCGCCAGAUGUGGCGACCACCACCGCGCCGGGCUCCUCGCCGGUGCUCACCCCUUCGGCCGGGACUUCGCCCGUGCUCCCGGCGCUGACUGUAACCGGUGACGCGGUGUCCUCUUCGCCGGUGAUCGUCAGAUCGCCGGGUAGCCCCCCUGGGGCGCCUCCCUCUUGAGGUGGGAAAGUGGGCGAAGGGGAAAGGGGAGGGGGGGGGGGAGGG